AUGGAUGUUUGGCGUCGUCCUUGUCAACGCAAAGAUGGUUUGAAGUAUUAUGAGUAUAUUUUAGUCUAUACUGAUGAUGUCAUUGCAAUUUCGGAGAAUCCAAAAGCUAUUAUGGACAAACUCAACAAUUUCUUUGUUUUAAAACCUGAUUCAAUAAAAGAGCCAACCACGUAUCUUGGUGCAACAAUCUCAAAGCACAAGUUGGAUGGUGAUGAUUAUUUCACCUGGGCUAUUGGAUCUGAAGCAUAUCUACAAGAGUCAUUACGAGUUGUCAAGAAGCGAAUUGCGCCAAUGCAACUGACUUUGAAGAAAAAGGUUUAUUCAACUUUACCCACUGGAUACAAGCCGGAACUUGAUUCUACUCCUUUUGUCAAUGAUGAUACUGCCAUACUUUACAUGCAGCUCAUUGGUAUUCUGCGCUGGCUUGUGGAACUUGGUCGUAUUGAUGUUGCCGCCGAAGUGUCUAUGCUCUCAUCUUACAAUGCAAUGCCUCGUGAAGGUCACUUUCAUGCUGCCUUACAUAUUUUUGCCUAUUUACAGAAGCAUCCUGAUCGUAUACUUGUGAUGGAUUGUGGUUAUGCUGAUCAUCUGAGACCAUUAAAGAAAGCUGAUUACUCACAGUUCUAUGAAUUCACUAAGGAUGAACUCCCAAGUGACAUGCCUACACCUCUUGGCAAAGCGGUAGAGUUUACUAUGUUUGUUGAUGCAUCUCAUGCUGCUAACGUUGUUACUCGUCAAUCAAGAACAGGAGUAUUGAUCUUUGUUAACAAAGCUCCUAUUAUCUGGUAUUCGAAAAAGCAGAACAGUGUCGAGACAAGCAGUUUUGGUUCUGAGUUUUCUGCUCUAAAGACAGGUGUUGAAUUACUUGAGGGACUACGAUUCAAGCUCAGAAUGAUGGGCAUCCCAAUCCAAGGUUAUUGUCAUACUUGUGUUGACAAUAUGUCUGUUGUCAAAAACUCAAGUGUUCCUGAAUCUCAAUUGAAAAAGAAAUUGAAUGCUGUCGCAUAUCACUAUGUUUGCUCCAAAUGCGCAAUUGAUAUCCUACAAAUUGAAUGGAUCAUUUCCGCUGAGAACUUGGCCGAUGUUUUAACCAAGAUCCAACCUGGACCUGUUCGUGAUCGUCUUAUUGAACACAUCAUGUGGAAAGCAAAGCAAAAUGGAAAACUUGCUCUGAUUCAUCCGUCGCCGGAUAUUGUCAGUUUUGGACAGUAUUGGAUGAUACGUCCUCCCAAGAGGGGGUACGGUUGA